AUGACUGAUCUGAGAUCUUUGGAACUGAAGCUCCCUAACGGGUCACCGCCUGCUGCUUUGAGCACAGGGCUUGUUGUCUUCAUGACAAUGUUAUUCAUAAUUAACUUUGUUUUCGAUAUCAAUAGGCACAUAAGCCUAACACCAGGUGCUUUGUUUAGCUUGGACUUGAAUCGUAUUUCGAUGUACCCACUGGGACACUUGUCGAUCGUGCAUCUGCUGAUGAAUUGUAUCUCAAUCUAUGGACCUCUGACGGCGUUUGAGAGAAGCCACGGAACCGUUCAUACCGGGGUCAUACUGAAUUUGCUGGCUGUGUUUACUGCGAUUCCAUACUGUCUUUUGGGGUCGGUUUUCUUUUCUGAGACUGAGGUUAUCGGGAGCAGCGGAUGGUGUUUCUCACUGUUGGGUUACUUUAGUUUGAAGGAAUCCAUCCUUCGCCCGCAGCAACAGAUUUUUAACAACUACUAUCUUCCUACCAGGUAUAUCCCGGUAGUGGCACUAGUGUUUGUCACCAUAUUUUUCCCGGGAUCGAGUUUCUGGGGCCAUUUGAUCGGUCUGUGCUGGGGCUACGCCUUGGGGUCCAAGGAGGUUUACGCCGCUAGGUUGGCACCACCAAGUUGGAUAAUCCAAAAAAUUGAGUCCAAGCUAGACCGCGCUAUCGCCAUGAUCCCAUUUGGGGUCAAAUUUUACAGAGAGGUUGAUGCCAAUAGACAGGAGUCGUACUCUUCGUUUUUCGGCGAAGAGAGCAUCUUGCCCCUGCACUCUGAUACGACGACAUCCAACAGCGCUUUUCAAGGCGAAGGCCGUCCUUUGGGAGUGUGA